AUGGUUGGUAGCCGCCCAAGGUCCGACGAAGGUGGUCAACGGAGCCGACGUCACAAGAGCUUCUCCGUCUUCGCCACACACCACCGGCCGGAGGUUUUAGCUCUUUCCGAACCGUCGCCAACGUCACCUUCGAUUCGAGAUCUAUUCCAUGUCCGGCUCCUUUCUCUCGCCGUCGGUGCCGCCCGCCGCCUUGAGACUCAAAAUAAUAUCCAAACACGCCCAUCAUCAUCACCUGCAAUAGCGCACGCCAUAAGGUCCGACGAAGGUGGUCAACGGAGCCAACGUCACAAGAGCUUCUCCGUCUUCGCCACGUACCACUGGCCGGAGGUUUUAGCUCUUUUCGAACCGUCGCCAACGUCACCUUCGAUUCGAAACCUAUUCCAUGUCCGGCUCCUUCCUCUCGCCGUCGGUGCCGCCCGCCGCCUUGAGACUCAAAAUGUAACCUUGAGAUAA